GACCUCCUCGAGAUUAGGGAGCUGCUCGACUCCGAUAAGCUCGCGAUCCCCAUGGCCAGCUACGCUGCGCGCGUCGAGGGCCAUCUCACGUUUUCCAGCGCCGACUGCGACUUCGGCGAGAAGCUCAAGUUGAUCAGAGCUGUCAGUGUCAAGCUCUGCUCAACGCUCCGCCAGGCGCGCGAUGCUGGAAUGGGUGCUCCAGACAACCUGUGCUCUAUCGGUGACAAGGUCUCGAAUGUUCUCACGAGCAUGGCCCACUUCUUAAUCUACCGCUUCGUCGCCAUGAUGACGAUUGACGGGCUGUCGUUGUCCUGGGAGACCGUGGUCGAUGAAUUGUCCACCUUCCGAGCCGUCCGGAACGAGAUAUUGGAUAAGGUUGGGUCUUAUUUCAAGCCGAAAGAAGAUGCUCCGCCAGUCGUCGCACUACCGUUGGCGACCGAAUUGCGCCCAUUGGCCUCCUUCGCAGCGACGUGGAAGCAGACGGUCAACGAUGAGCCUUUCUCGGCCACCAACAUCAUGGACCAGAGCCCUGUGGCCACUACGGCGUUCUACCGCGAGGUCGGGCUCAGCUUGGCGGGCGAGGAUGCCUUGGAGCGCUUUCCCGAGAGCCAGACCGAGUCGUCCUCCCGGGUGUGCGACGCCACCAGGGAGGGAAUCGAGCUCGCCAACGCCUGGACCAAGCACGUCAGGGAGCUGAUGGAGAAUAUGAACAAGCUGAAGGCCAAUGCCAUCUCUUACAUGACUGACUUGCUGAACCGCAGCGGCCCGGAGAGCAACUCGGCCAUAACCUUCGGAGAUAUCAAGGCGCUCUUUCAGGAGACUGGCGAGUUGAACGAGGAUAUCCUGACAAAGUUGCGCCUUGUUAGCGAGAUUGCGGCGGUCGUGCAGUGGUUCGACGACAUGCUCGGCAUCGCGCAGACUCUCAACGGUCUUGGGGCGCCCACGGCAGAUACCAAGGUCAUUGAGGGCGCCUCGAGCACCUGCAUGAAGAUGGUGCCUAUUCUGCCCAAUCUGUUGAAAUGGAUCGAUGCCGAGAAGGCGUUGCCAAGCGGGGCCGAGGACCUCGACAGCGCGAGGAACUACUUCAAAGUGACGAGCUCGAUGCUGAAGGACAUCAAGAACGUGCAGGAGCAGCUCAGCUCUGAGUCCGAGGCCCAGCAGAUCCUCGUGAACGCUGGCGUGUUCCAGGGCGUGGUUGUGAAGAAGACAACUGAGUGGAUGGGCCCCCACCUGGCCACUUGGGGCGAGCUGGCCGACAGCGUGAAGAAGUUCGUGAUCGACGUGAAGGAGUUCAAAAAAUGGGACGACGAUCGCAUGAAGGAGUUCAGCGAGUUUCCUGGCCGGGUCGAGCUGAAGGAAGCAGUGAAGACCAUCGGCACGACGAUCGUGCCGCUGCUCCUGUCGUGGAUCGCCGCGUUCAAGGGCACGGACGUCUCCGUCAACGAGGCCGAGCUGCUGCAGGACAAGGUCGCCGCGGUGAGGAACAAGGGCCGGCUGCAGAUUGGGGUCCGCGGCGCGGUGGUCAUCGUGUUGGAGGGUUCCAAAUCCAAGGCGGCGGCCUACGAGAACGAUCUCAAAACCAAGCUGAAGGUGCGGCCGGCGGUCCCCAAGGUGGUGAAGGACCGCCUGACGGCCCUCGCGCUCAAGGCCGCGAGCGUGGACGAGGGGGCCGCCGCCGCGCCGCACCCUGACGAG